AUGACUGAGCGAAAACUUUCCCUAAAAACUAUUGACUGGGUAGCUUUUGGGAAAAUAAUACCCCAAAACCAAAAGGCUAUUGCUAACUCCCUGAAAACCUGGAAUGAGACCUUCACCUCCAGGUUGGCUGCACUUCCCGAGAACCCGCCAGCUAUUGACUGGGCAUACUACAAGGCCAGCGUGGCCAAGGCAGGCUUGGUGGAUGACUUUGAGAAGAAGUCUAAUGCCCUGAAAGUUUCUGUGCCAGAGGGUAAAUACACUGUCCAGGUGUACACUGAAGAAAAGGAAGAUGUGAAAAGUUGUGCUGAGUUUGUGUCGCUCUCAAAGGCCAGGAUUGAAGAAUAUCAGAAACAGCUGGAGAAGAUGAAGAACAUAAUUCCAUUUGAUCAGAUGACCAUUGAGGACUUGAAUGAUGUCUUCCCAGAAACCGUAUUAGACAAGAAGAAGUACCCCUAUUAG